AUGCGUGGAGCUCCUAUUCUCCUGCAUAGACAAGCAAGCUUGCCCAGCAUUGGUGUGGACGGACAGCGAUUCUUUGCAGCUUCUACUAAGGGGAGGGGAACUGCGAAGAUCAAGAUCAAUGCCAAAGCUGAGGCAACAGACGAGGAGCCGAAGAAGAAGGGACCCAGAAAUGCGUAUCAGCUGUUUCAGAAGCAGUCCGGUCCGGCCAUACUUGCGAAGCUUGGCCCAACAUCUCUGCCAGAGCGUUCCAGGAUCCUUGCAGGUGCCUGGAAGAAGCUAUCAGAUGCCGAGAAGGCGACGUAUGCUGCGCAGAUCGUGGUUGGCUCCAGCAAACCUUCAUCAUCCCUGCCCAGGAACACAUAUCAGCUCUUCGUGCGGCAGUCUAGCACAGAGAUUCUAGCAAAGCAUCCGGAGGUGAAGACCAUUGCUGACCGCUCAAGGGUCUUGGCAGCUGAGUGGAAAAGGGUGCCAGCAGAGGAGAAGGACAGGUUGGCUGCUGAGCUGAAGAAGAUUGCGCCAGCCAGGGCCAAGAGGCAGAAAGCUCCUACAAUAAACAACUUUGCACUGUACGUGAAGGAAAAUUUCCACAGGGUAUCAAAGGAACAGCCCAAACCCAGCGCAGCAGACGUCAUGCGCGAGCUGGGGUCAGCUUGGAAGACACUCAGUGACUCCCAGAAGGCUGGCUAUUCCACAAAGGCUUGAAGUCUCUAACAGCAAUGACUGGAACAACAGGCUUCGUUUGAGGCCAUCUGGCUCCCAUUUGAAAACCCCACAGUUUGUCUAUUGUCCAGAGAAUGCUCACGCGAAACCUGUGAUGUUCAUACAAUAAGAGCUUUGAUUCGAGCUUCUGCAGUCGCUUCUGAUGCGCAUGCAGUAGCUUGUGUAUGUCCAUUCAAAACAUCUUUGAUUUGUAGAUGUGUGCUGCCCUUGGCGCGUGCAGCCUUGUGCAUUCUUGUCAACCCCAGUGGCAUUGUGAAACAACUGGAAGUCCCAGCAUACGUGGUGUUUGCUGUCUGUAACUUGUCUGCUUCUGUAGAUCCAUCAUCCAGACUGCCUCAAUUCAUUUGCAUUUAUGUAGGGCCCGCUGCGUGUGUGUUUCUCUGUGCAGCUCUUACAUAUGAACGAGAGUGCAAUCUUCUGUACGUGAGGUCAUCUUGUACUUGUAAUUGGCAGUCUUCUGGUCGGAAGGAUCACACUGCUUUUGGACGUCCCAUAAUAAGGGAAAUAAGUUGUCCAACUGAAGUGUAUGGUAUGCUGAAGGAAUACUCCUUCAUUAGUGUUUACAAAGCCAUUCUGGAGUUAUGGACUAUCAGAGGACAGUCCAAGUUGUCAGCUGUUCCUCAGACCCUCAAAAAUGUAAAGGUCACUGUGU